AUGCUUUCUUCAAAUGUGUCAGCAUCCAUGUUUCACACCCGUCCUCUUUCCUUUAUGCACAUUGAGCUUUUGCUACCCCUGCUCAUGUGCUUGCGCACGCGCUCGCUCACCAAAAAACAUGUUCUCCGCAUGGAUUGGUUGCGAGUCAGCUGCGCAUCCACCACGCUCAUCUUCGGUGGCUCCCUACAUUUCCUGUCCCGCAUGGUGACGUCCUUCCAAGUGCGCGCAUCAAGCGCCUGGACGGUUUCGAUCUGGCCUUGGUUGGCGGGCAAGCGCUGCCUGCGGCACGGGUGCUUCUGCCAUCAGUGA